AUGGAUUCCGUUCUUGGGCGCCUGAAAGAGAAGUUUCGCACCGAAGAGCGCUGUUCGGAGCAAAGUUGCUCAGACGACAUUCCGGCCGGUGUCGAUGUAGCGAAGGCGUAUCCGCCAACCCGAGCACAAAUUGGAAGAUGCGCCUGGAGGUACCUGCACACCAUGGCAGCAAACUCGGACUUGGACGGCCCUGCAGCAACUACUUCGGGCACGAGCGCGGCAUCUUCUAGCUCCUCAUCGUCAUCGUACUUCGGAAGUACGACGGCGGCCGGCCGCGCGGCAAAAUCCGUUACGUUUCCCGAAAAGAAGCAGGAAUCAAUGCGCGACUGGCUCGUGUCGUUUGUGCAGUUCUAUCCGUGCAGCCACUGCGCAGAGUCGUUCAUCGACAUCAUUGCGGAGAAAGCGCCGGACUUCUCAUCCCGGGACGCCUACGCACGGUGGUGGGGCUGGGCACACAAUCGCGUCCGGGACGAUCUCAGUCAGCCAAAUUUCGUGGAUCCAGACAAGGAUCUGCAGAAAUUGAUAGCUAUCACAAAAACUGGCGAACAAUGGCCACCGCCGAAGUGAAAAGGAUCAUUUGGGCUUUGGUGCCGUGUCACUGCUUCGUUAUUGGUCAUGAAGAACGAAGUUCCAUACUCGUGACGCUUUCGCCGUAAAUAAAAAGAUAUAUGACCACUAGGACGAGCAAGGAAGCAGUUUUGGUAACAGUUCUCCC